GGUUCGCGGGCUGCCCCUGUCAGCCGUGCGCCAUGGAGCCCGGGCCCAUCGCGCGUUUCGGACCUCGACUGGGCAUCACGGACCCCUCUGUCCUGAGGAAAGCUGAAGAGUACUUGCGACUGUCCCAAGUAAAGUGUACUGGAUUGUCUGCUCAUACAACAGAAACAAGUAAUACAAUCAUGUGUCUGGACCUUGCUGCCACCAGUAUGAGAUGGCCUUUAGACAGAACUUACUUAGUUAAACUUUCUGGUUUGAACAAGAAGAUGUAUCAAAGCUGUCUUAAGUCUUUUGAGUGUUUGCUGGGCUUGAAUUCAAAUCUUGGAAUAAAAGACUUAGCAGUACAAUUUAACUGCGUGGAGGCAGUAAACAUUGCUUCAAAGAUCCUACAGAGGUAUGAAGCCAGCCUUCCCCAGGUACAGAAAGUAGAUCUAGAUUUGUCCAAGCCCCUUUUCACAACAGCUACACUGUUUUCAGCAUGCAGAGUCCUAAAGAUAAAAGUGAAUAAAGACAAAAUGGUGGCCACAUGUGGUGUAAAGAAAGCUGUUUUUGAUCGACUCUGUAAACAGUUGGAAAAGUUUGAACAGCAAGUUAAGGGAGAACCUAGCAGUUCAGCUUCUCCGCCAGCCAAAAGACAGAAAAUAAUAGUUGAACAUUCCAAGAAAGAAAUAGAGGAAGAAGCAGAGUCUCUAUGUAAGCAGCAGCAAAGUGAAGAUUUAAAACAAGAUUAUGAAGAGUGGAAAAGAAAAAUCUUAGAAAAUGCUGCUAAAGCACAAAAGAAGUGAUUUCAGUUUCCAGAAAACACCUGCCUCCAACCACGACUCUUAUCCCCAGGGAGCCUUGAUGGGUCAUUAGCAUUUGCUCUUGAGCAAGAAUUCUGAAAGUGCUACCUUGAUAUGCUUGGGGUUCUUUACUGGGCAGUACCAAGCAUGUUAUGUUAAGGAAAACCCUUUCACCUCCACUCUGAGUUUCCAUAUUUCCAUAUUAAAGAAGGUAGCACAGAGGUCACAUGUAAGGCAGUGGGACCUGGCUCCUGGCGUUGGAAAUAAGCUGACACAAUCAACCAUGGUGUCAUUUGGCAUAUAGCUUCCACUUACCCACCAGGCAUGUAUGUUCUCCUCCAAAAAAGUCUAAGGAAACUUAGUACUCUAGUUGUACUUUUGAUAAUACACUGCUCAGGGGUGGGGAACCUGCAGCCUCUGAGGCCACUUCCCCACCCAUGCACUCAUUUUGAAGCAAUACAAGUGGAUUUUCAUACUAUUUGAUGCCUGCUUUUCAUUGUUUUUGCAGUUUUUUUAGAAUCAUAGAAUCUUUUAGUUUAAAUAAAAUACUGA